UGUUUUUGUGCCCCAGAUCAAAUCGAGUAAUUCACGCAAAACUUAAUGGAAUAAAUAACCGUACAAGUGCCUUACCAAUAUACCCGCUCAAUGCCGGAAUCCUCUUGAGUCUGGCACGAAAAGCGCUCGCCCUCAAGAUCCCUAACCCACAGAUAUCUCGAGUGUGCUUCGCCGAGUGUCCUGUCAGCCAAAUAUAUGGUAAUGGCAGAGAUUGGUGGCCAUUUGGCUCACCAGCUACCGUUGCACAAUCACAACCACAAUCAAACUGGAUUACAGCCAUCGCUGGUGAUGAACCAUCACCUGGAUUUGGAUUGUCAUGGACACGAUGUGAUAAAAAAACAACGCCUAUCUCACUGCGUUGGCUGUGGCGGCCAGAUCCACGAUCAGUAUAUCUUGCGCGUUGCCCCCGAUCUCGAGUGGCAUGCGGCGUGUCUGAAAUGCCAGGAGUGCAGGCAAUUCCUGGACGAAAGCUGUACGUGUUUUGUGCGCGACGGCAAAACCUACUGCAAGCGUGAUUAUGUUAGGUUAUUUGGUACAAAAUGUGAUAAAUGCGGCAACUCCUUCAGCAAAAAUGAUUUUGUGAUGCGGGCCAAAACGAAAAUCUUUCACAUCGAGUGUUUUCGAUGCUCCGCGUGUGCGCGACAAUUGCUGCCAGGUGAUGAAUUCGCGUUACGCGAUGCCGGAGCUUUAUAUUGCAAGGAGGAUCACGAUGUGCUGGAGAAAUCGUCGCAGAGCAGCCUCACUUCUUCGUCGGUGGAGAGCAACAACAAUAUUAGCAGUAGUAACAACAACAACACCAACCUUAGCAAUAACAACCAUUCCAGCGAAUUGGGUUCAAUGUCAGAUUCUGGCAGCGAGUCGGGCUCACACAAAAGUAUUAGGGAAAAGCGACCCUCGGGGCCUUCGGAUGGCAAGCCAACGCGAGUUCGGACCGUGCUCAAUGAGAAACAGCUGCAUACGCUCAGAACCUGCUACAAUGCUAAUCCGCGACCUGAUGCGCUCAUGAAGGAGCAGCUGGUGGAGAUGACGAGUCUGUCGCCGCGAGUCAUCCGCGUGUGGUUCCAAAACAAGCGCUGCAAGGACAAGAAAAAGACCAUUCAGAUGAAGCUACAAAUGCAGCAGGAGAAGGAGGGUCGCAAGUUGGGCUACGGCGCCAUGCAGGGCAUCCCCAUGAUCGCCAGCUCGCCGGUUCGACAUGACUCCCCUCUGAAUCUUCAGGGUCUGGAUGUGCAGACAUAUCAGCCGCCGUGGAAAGCCUUAAGCGACUUCGCCCUGCACGCCGACCUCGACAGCAAUGGCGCGAUCAACACCCACACGCCCGCAUUUCAGCAGCUAGUCAAUCAGAUGCAUGGCUACGACCUGAACGGGAUGCCCAUCCUGCCGCCGCAUCCGCACUCGCAUCCGGCGCAAGGGCCGCCCCACCAGCACCCUCCGCCCCCCGGCGGACCGCACAACCACCAGAACCAGCAGCCGAACCAACAGCCCGGAGGCAGCAGCCUGGACUCCGGGAUCACCUCGCACCACCAUCCGGACAGCACCGACUCCUACGUCACCUACCUGGAGAGCGAUGACAAAUCCAAACUGGCGCUGACCCCGUCGUCCUCAUCCUCGGCCUCGGCGGGCACAUCGAUCUCCUCGCCGCCAUCGGGUGUUGGAGCAGGGGGUGGUGGGGGUGGUGCUGGUGCAGGUGUGGGCUUGGGCUUGGGCCUGGGCGUGGGCCUGGGCGUGGGCGUGGUGGCCAAUCAGUCGGCCACCGAGCAGCUCAUGCAAAUGCUCCAGAAGGUAACCGGCUCCGCUUCCCCGGCCUCGCAUGCGGUGCUCUAAAGACCAAGGGGCGUGCGGGGGCGUGGCAGGAAGCUGGCGCCGUAGGAGCUACAGUCGAACUUCGCUAACUUGAAAUAUUUCACACCGAAAAUUCACAUCCAUUAAAAAAUAUAAUUCUGGAAAAUAUUAUUUUAGUUUAGGUUCAAAAAUUAAUUAACGAUCAUAUUUAGAUUAAAGCUAAUUUAGUUUCUGCAGAACGAUCAAGUUUAUGUUAUAGCCAAUGAAUUCUUAUUUACAACAUUGAUUUUCCCAAUCAUAUUAUCCAGUUAGGAAAGUUCGACUGUAUUUGGGGAUGUGUGCAAUGGUUUUUGCCCCUGUUUUUUUAUUCUACUUAUUUGUAUUUUGUAAAUUUAAUUUUAUUUUGUUUGAUUCGGUGCCAAAAAAUAGUCUAUAGGCCGUUGGCAUUUUGGGGAUAAUCUGGCUCUGGCUCAGUUGCACAUUUCGUUAUGUAACAUACACAUUUGUUGUUGAGUUCCAAAAUGAAAACACGAAAAAAUUAAAUUAAAAUAAGCUAAACAAAAAUGCUCACACACUUGAAAAGUUUUACCAAUAAUUUUUGACACGAAAACAAAAAUUAUGAUAACAAAAGGAAAACAGUUACUUCGCAUCAAGUAGGGAAUUUCAUUAAACAUAAAUUUGUAAAUAACUUUUAUAUAUAAAUAAUAAACGAAUAUAUUUUCAUUCAAAAUGCAAAAAAAGAAAAAG